GCGGAGAGGAGCGAGGCGGAAGGAGGAGUGGAAGGAGGGGGCUGGUCUAGGGAAGUGCGACGUGUCUACGGAGCCUUUUUAUACCUCCUGCCCUGGAGCCCGCAGCAGCCGCUGCCGCCGCCACUGCCGUCCGCGCGUCCUUCCGUCUCGGCUCCGAGUCCCAGCGCGCCGGGCACCGCCGCAGCCAGCCAGCAUGUCCGAGAUCAAGAAGCAGAAGACGGAGAACCAGCAGAAAUCCACCAAUGUGGUCUACCAGGCCCACCACGUGAGCAGAAACAAGAGAGGGCAGGUGGUUGGAACAAGGGGUGGGUUCCGAGGAUGUACUGUGUGGAUGACAGGUCUUUCUGGUGCUGGAAAAACAACAAUAAGUUUUGCUCUGGAAGAGUACCUUGUCUCCCAUGCCAUCCCUUGCUACUCCCUGGACGGGGACAACAUCCGGCACGGCCUGAACAAAAACCUCGGAUUCUCUGCUGGGGACAGAGAAGAAAAUAUCCGCCGGAUUGCUGAGGUGGCCAGGCUGUUUGCUGACGCUGGCCUGAUCUGCAUUACCAGCUUCAUUUCUCCUUUUGCCAAGGAUCGUGCAAAUGCCCGGAAAAUCCAUGAAUCCACAGGACUGCCAUUCUUUGAAAUAUUCAUAGAUGCACCUCUGAACAUUUGUGAAAGCAGAGACGUAAAAGGCCUCUACAAGCGAGCCCGAGCUGGGGAGAUUAAAGGAUUUACAGGUAUUGAUUCUGAUUAUGAGAAACCUGAAGCUCCUGAGUGUGUGCUGAAAACCAGUGUGUCCUCAGUAAGUGACUGUGUCCAGCAGGUAGUAGAACUUCUGCAAGAGCAGAACAUUGUACCCCACACAGUAAUCAAAGGCAUCCAUGAACUCUUUGUGCCAGAAAACAAACUUGACCAAGUUCGAGCUGAAGCUGAAACUCUCCCUUCAUUAUCAAUUACCAAGCUGGAUCUCCAGUGGGUCCAAGUUUUGAGUGAAGGCUGGGCCACUCCUCUCAAAGGCUUCAUGCGGGAAAAGGAGUACUUGCAGGCUCUACACUUUGGCACCCUGCUAGAUGGCGUGGUCCUUCCUGACGGAGUUAUCAACCUGAGCAUUCCCAUCGUACUGCCUGUGUCUGUGGAUGACAAGAAGUGGUUGGAAGGGUGCAGCGAGUUUGCCCUGGAACACGGUGGACAGAGGGUGGCUAUCUUACAAAACCCUGAAUUCUACGAACAUAGAAAAGAGGAACGUUGUUCCCGUGUGUGGGGGACAACAUGUGCAAAACACCCUCAUAUCAAAAUGGUGAUGGAAAGUGGGGACUGGCUGGUGGGUGGAGACCUGAAGGUGCUGGAGAGAAUAAGGUGGAACGAUGGGCUGGACCAAUAUCGCCUGACACCUCUGGAGCUCAAACAGAAAUGUAAAGAUAUGAAUGCUGAUGUCGUGUUUGCAUUCCAGUUGCGCAAUCCUGUCCACAAUGGGCAUGCUUUGUUGAUGCAGGACACUCACCGCCAGCUCCUGGAGAGGGGCUACAAGCACCCAGUCCUCCUGCUACACCCUCUGGGUGGCUGGACCAAGGAUGACGAUGUGCCCCUGGACUGGCGCAUGAAGCAGCAUGCAGCUGUGCUCGAGGAAGGAGUCCUGGAUCCCAAGUCAACAAUAGUUGCCAUCUUCCCAUCUCCCAUGUUAUACGCUGGCCCUACAGAGGUUCAGUGGCACUGCAGGUCUCGGAUGAUUGCAGGGGCCAGUUUCUACAUUGUGGGCCGGGACCCUGCAGGAAUGCCCCACCCUGAGAACAAGAAGGACCUAUAUGAACCCACUCAUGGGGGCAAGGUCUUGAGCAUGGCCCCUGGUCUCACCUGUGUGGAAAUUAUUCCAUUCCGAGUGGCUGCCUACAACAAAACCAAAAAAGCCAUGGACUUCUAUGAUCCAGCAAGGCAUGCGGAAUUUGACUUCAUCUCAGGAACUCGUAUGAGGAAACUCGCCCGGGAAGGAGAAAAUCCCCCAGAAGGCUUCAUGGCUCCUAAAGCAUGGAAAGUCCUGACAGAUUACUACAGGUCCCUGGAAAAGAACAACUAAGUGCCUUUUAACUCCAGAGUUUCUUCCUGAAGAGCUCUUUGAUUCCCUUAUCUAUAUUUUUGUGAUUAGAUGUUUGGUAUCCAGUUGCUUCUCAAUGGCUGAUUUUUUAAUUAGUUUUAUAACAAGGAUAAAAUUGUGUCUAUACUGUAAAGUCAACGUCAAUUUUUGUUUAGGAAAAAAAAAAAGUUAAACUGAAGACCAAAUUUUACCAGGUGAAAGUGAUAGUUAUAUAUUUCAGAAUGAAAAUGACUGUAUUCUUUACUGCAUCUGAACACGUAGGUCCCAGAUUUCUUAAAGUUUUUACCAGCUCUAGUUUACUUGCCAGCUUAAGUCUUGCUAACCUGCACUCCAACCACAGGGGCAUAUGCCAGUAGUAAAAUUCAUCAGAUGAGUAGCCUUUUCUGUCAGAUUGAUGAAAAAGAUUUGUCACCCUAAUUGAGGCAUGGCUCAUGUCAAGAUCCUUGCUCAUGCCUGUGCACAGUGUUACUGCCCAGUCUCUUGUGCACCUGACUAGAGAAACCAAAUGUGAAUUUAAUCUCAGAGAUACAUGCAAUCUAGCUCUGCCACAAAAGUUAUAGUGUCUAAUUAGAUGAAAAAUCUUAGUGGCCUUCUAUGAAUAAUAAAACUUCAGUUAAAUGGCGACUUUUAAUUUAAUCACAGUCCUUUGAUAAAAGGAUUUGCCUCAGGGCUCAAACUGGCAAUGUUGUAGAAAGUUCAUUUUCCCCCUUUGCUACAGUCAUUGUGUCCUACAGAGUGGCUGGGCCUAUGUGGCAGCAGUAUUGACUAUAACUGAAAACAGUUCAUACCCUGAGAUUCACAGGGUGCUAGAGCUGGAAAGGACAUCAGAAAACACCGAAUCCAACCUUUUCAUUUUACCAGGUGAUCAACCUGAGACGAUGCACAUGCUUUGUGCUGCUUAGUAUUGUUAUAAAAAAGAAUUAGCAUUAUUACGAAGUAAUGAUGGCACCAGACAAGGGCCCAGGCCACUUGACUGCCAGUCUGGCGCUGGCUACAACCUACAGCACAGGCCCUGGGUCCGAUUUCCCUCAGCUGCUUAACACAGCCUGGAACAGUGGGCACUUACAGAGCAGCCUUCCUGGAUAAUGAAGGUCCAGAGUUUUCUAAACACAGCUGAUUUUACUGCAGUAAAAAAAAAAAAAUACUUUUCCAAAGCUGCUCUGAGAUAACCCACCUCUGAUGGCUUUAUUUCCUGAGAGGCAAUCUUUUGUACCUUUUACAUGUUUCAUUGUUGCCAUGGAAUAUAUGAAGAUACAGCACCUUUUAUACAUAGGUCACUCUGGAAGAGACCUAAACAGGAAAAAGAAAACUGUGAUUUUUUUUUCGUAUUUGCAGUUUUAAAAAAAUGCUAAUCUUAGAUAAUGAAAAUUCUUUUGAGAAAUUACAUACAAUGACCACAGCAAAGUGUCUGUCUUUGGUAGUGCAGUGCCCAAAUUCACUGAAUCAGAGGUACUCACUACUGCCUUUUUACAAAACAGCGUAUUUAUUGAAAACAUGAAACAGGAUUUAGUGCCUUAACCCAUGUAUUUUGUGAUUUUAAAAAUAUAUUUAAAACUGCUCUUCUGCUUUAGUACCACUUAGUGCAAAUGAUUAUUUCUAUGUACAACUGAUGCUUGUUCUUAUUUUAAUAAAUUUCGCAAAAUGAAA